AAGUCAGUCAAGUCGGUAAAGUCUACGAGUAGCGAAGUCAAGCCAAGCCGGGCUUUUUCGUCAUCGGUGAAAUCGGCGCAGUGGGCAUGGUGGGCAUCAGUCACCGGUUGGUCAGGGAAGGAACGGCUACGCCUUAGCUCUACGCGCAGUUUGACACGCGUGAGUUGGUCCCAGCGUCCGCGCAACAGUUUUACGGCGAUGCUUAAUUAACGGUAAUAUUUUUCUGCGCUCUACGACUAUGGGGAAGACCAAGGGUAGCCGUGGCACGAAAAAGUGGAGGAAAAAGGCGGAUAUCGAAGAAGCCACUGAAGAUCUGUACGGCGAAGACGACGGGAACGGAGAUGGAGUGCCGGCGGCGGCCAGUCAGAAACUCAGCGAGGCGUCGGUGGAGGACGAAUUUGGGGCAAAGGACUAUCGCUCACAAAUGCAACUCAGACCGGAUCACUCGUCGCGGCCGCUCUGGGUGGCUGCAGACGGACAUGUCUUUCUGGAGGCCUUCUCGCCGGUGUACAAGCAUGCACACGACUUUUUGAUAGCAAUAUCGGAGCCUGUAUGCAGGCCCCACCAUAUCCACGAGUACAAGCUGACUUCAUACUCCUUGUAUGCGGCUGUGUCAGUGGGGCUGCAGACACAGGACAUCAUUGAAUACUUGAGGAGACUCAGCAAGACCAGCAUUCCAGAUGGCAUCAUAGAAUUUAUUAAGUUAUGCACCGUCAGCUAUGGAAAGGUGAAGUUGGUGCUGAAGCACAACCGGUACUUCGUAGAGAGUCCGUUUCCGGAGGUUCUUCAGAAGCUCCUCAAGGACCCUGUCAUUCAGUCGUGUCGACUGAGACGGGACGUUGACAACGAGCUGGAAGUGGGUGUCGUCUCUCAGGAUGUACCAAAUGCCAUCCUGAAUGCUAAGACCCUACAAGGGGCGACGGACAAGAAUGAAGCAGAUGCCAAUGGACAGAAGGCAGUCCCAGUUCCAGAUGACAUCACUGCGUACUACGAAAAGAUGGAAAAGGAUGAAGACGACAUAGAGGACACGCAGACGGUUUCUUUCGAAGUGAAUCAGGACCACAUCGAAGUGCUGCAAAAAAGGUGUAUCGAGUUGGAGUACCCUUUGUUAGCAGAGUAUGACUUCAAGAAUGACACUGUCAACCCUGACAUACACGUGGACCUGAAACCCUCGGCAAUACUGAGGCCGUACCAAGAGAAGAGUCUGAGGAAGAUGUUUGGCAAUGGGAGAGGCCGGUCUGGCGUCAUUGUCCUUCCGUGCGGAGCUGGGAAAUCUCUCGUGGGAGUCACGGCCUGCUGCACCGUACGCAAGCGCUGUCUUGUGCUCUGCAACUCCGGAGUAUCCGUCGAACAGUGGAAAGCUCAGUUCAAAAUGUGGUCCACUGCGGAUGACAGCGUUAUCUGUAGAUUUACAUCGGAAGCCAAAGACAAGCCCAUGGGCUGUGGGAUCUGCAUCACCACCUACUCGAUGAUCACCCACACCCAAAGGCGUUCCUGGGAGGCAGAGCAGGUCAUGUCCUGGCUCAAGGAGCAGGAGUGGGGCCUCAUGCUCCUCGACGAGGUGCACACCAUACCGGCCAAGAUGUUUCGGCGGGUGCUGACCAUAGUGCAGGCCCACUGCAAGCUGGGCCUCACCGCUACCCUGGUGCGAGAGGACGACAAGAUUCAGGACCUCAACUUCCUCAUUGGGCCCAAGCUCUACGAGGCCAACUGGCUCGAGCUCCAGAACCACGGCUACAUUGCCAAGGUCCAGUGUGCCGAGGUAUGGUGCCCCAUGACUCCAGAGUUCUACAGGGAAUAUUUAUCAGCCAGGAGCUGCAAGAAAUUGCUCCUUUUUGUAAUGAACCCAAACAAAUUCAGGGCUUGCCAGUUCCUGGUCAAGUUCCAUGAGAGGAGGAACGACAAGAUAAUAGUUUUCUCCGACAAUGUCUUUGCUCUCAAGCAUUAUGCCAUCAAGAUGAACAGGCCGUACAUCUACGGCCCCACCUCACAGCAGGAGCGGAUGCAGAUUCUCCAGAACUUCAAAUACAACCCCAAAGUAAACACCAUCUUCGUGUCCAAAGUGGCCGACACAUCUUUCGACUUGCCGGAGGCCAACGUGCUCAUCCAGGUCUCUGCCCAUGGAGGCUCUCGGAGGCAGGAGGCACAGCGUCUCGGGCGCAUCCUCAGGGCCAAGAAAAGUGCCAUAGCAGAGGAGUACAAUGCCUUCUUCUACUCGCUCGUGUCUGAGGACACAAUGGAAAUGCACUACUCGCGCAAGAGGCAGCGCUUCCUUGUCAACCAGGGCUACAGCUACAAGGUCAUCACCAAGAUGGAGGGCAUGGACGAGGAGGACCUUGCGUACCGAACGAAGGAAGAGCAGACCAACCUGUUGCAGCAGGUACUGGCUGCAAACGACGCCGAUGCAGAGGAAGAGAGGGUGGCAGGGGAGACCAGUACAGCGGGGCAACGUUUCCAGAUGUCACGGAGAGCUGGGAACAUGAGCUCCAUGUCGGGAGCGGACAGUGCAGUCUACCUAGAAUACAGGAUGGGGAAGAAAGAUCUGGGACUCAGGCAUCCGCUCUUCAAACGGUUUCGCAAGACCUAGGGAAGCAACAGUGUAUAUAAAGCAUAUCGUGAGGAAAGAAGGCAGAACUUGUAAUUUGCAUAUUUGAAUUAAAAAAACUAUAUGUGCAUAAA